GAUCCCGGGGUCCAAAAUGGCGGGAGGUUUGCGGGGCUAGUCGGGGAUUCCGCAGCGCCGGGACUGGAGCGAAAGCGGAGCCGGGUCCAUCCUCGCGGCGCCCCCUCCCCUCAGCCCUAGCCCAGCCCCGCCGCCAGCAUGAGCAACAUCUACAUCCAGGAGCCUCCGACCAACGGCAAGGUUUUACUGAAAACAACAGCUGGAGAUAUUGACAUCGAGCUAUGGUCAAAAGAAGCACCAAAAGCAUGCAGAAAUUUCAUCCAGCUUUGUAUGGAAGGUUAUUAUGACAACACAAUAUUUCACAGAGUUGUGCCUGAUUUUAUAGUGCAAGGGGGAGAUCCCACUGGUACUGGAUCAGGUGGAGAGUCAAUCUACGGGCUCCCCUUCAAGGAUGAAUUCCACUCACGAUUGCGUUUUAAUCGAAGAGGACUGGUUGCUAUGGCAAAUGCUGGAGCUCAUGAUAAUGGCAGUCAGUUUUUCUUUACCCUGGGCCGUGCAGAUGAACUUAACAACAAGCACACCAUUUUUGGAAAGAUUACUGGGGAUACCAUAUACAAUAUGUUACGACUGACUGAAGUAGAAAUUGACAAAGAAGAAAGACCACUCAAUCCACACAAAAUAAAAAGUAGUGAGGUUUUGUUUAAUCCUUUUGAUGACAUCAUUCCAAGAACAAAUAAAAAGCUGAAAAAGGACAAACCAGGGGAAGAAGUAAAAAAGUCAAAAUCCAAAGGCACAAAAAAUUUUAAUUUGCUUUCGUUUGGAGAGGAAGCUGAAGAGGAAGAAGUGGAAGUCAACAGAGUUAGUCAGAGCAUGAAGGGAAAAAGUAAAAGUAGUCAUGACUUGCUGAAGGAUGAUCCACAUCUAAGCUCAGUUCCUGCUGUUAAAAGUGAAAAAGCAAAUGACGUGAGGGAUUCAGACGAGGAAGAAGAGGAGGAGGAUGACGAUAGCGAUAAUGAAGAAGGUGAAAUGGAUAGUGACGAGAAAUAUCAAGUGAAAGAACGCGUAGCUAAGAAGUUGAGAAAAGAUAAAAAUGAAAAUGUUAAGCUACCAUUUAAAGAAGAACCAGAAACUGAAAAGAAAACAACUAGUCGCAGGCCAAUGGUGUGGUUCAUUCAAGAAAUGAUUACCAGUCAAAGCUUCAUCCUGCAAGUUGGGGAGAAAAUUCAUUACCUUAACUGGCUCCAUAAUGGCCUUCCAUAAAGGUCAGUUUUGACUCCCCUUUUGUUCGAUGUGUAUACACAUGCAACCUUCCUGAAGUGCAGGCUGAGAAAAAUGUGUAUGCUGAUGAUCUUUUUAUUGCUGGCGCUGGUAAUGACUUCCAUCGGAUUGAAGGAAAUCUCAGUGAAGGCGAAAAUGCUCUGACCACUUAUUCCUAGUAAUGAAAUUCUCAGUGAAACCGAGACAGUGGCAGCUGCAUCUUUGCAUCUGAACGAUCGUCUUACUAAUCUUUGUCCAAGGACAGCUACUGCCAUGCCAUCCAAUUGUCACACACCUGGGAGUAAAACUCAACCAUAGCCUGACUUACUGGCCUCACCUGGAAUAACUGAAAAUGACUCUCUUCCUCUAGUGUUUUGAUACAAAAUACAAAAACUCUCGGGAACCUCCUGAAGAGCAGACCCUUUGGGUCCUUCAUACAUCUCUGUUGGCCCUGAUGUUUGCUUCAGCUGAAUACUGCUCUGCAGUUUGGGGGCACACCCACCACACUCAGCUUGUCAACAUGGAGCUGAAUUCUGCCACUCACAUUAUUAGUGGCUGCUUGAAUUAUACACCAGCCUCCAGUCUGUAUUGCUAUUACUGUUAAAUCUGCCUGGAGAGCUGAGACAGGUGAAACAAACCUAUUACAGCUUGGGUUGACUUAUGCCAUAUUCUCUUUGUUCAACUUGAUAAAAUCUUGAGAUUCUAAACAGAGAAAUGAUUGAAUUAUAUAUUUAUCUCAGUAAAGAUCACCCUACAUAAGUUUGUUAGCUCUUGCUGAGUUUGCAGAUAUUUUAGCUAACUCCUAUCUGUUGGGUGAUUUGUCAUAUCUUAUUAGUAUUCAUUUUAUAUCCUAUUUUACUGUUGUGUGAAAUCAGUAGUUAUACUUUCAAAACCAUUAUUAAUAGAGUGAAAAAUAUCUCUCUUUAUUGAAUGAUGCUUUGUGGGAAGGAAGUUUGAUAUUAACUGAGCAACUGAGGACAUUUUCCAGUCUGAAGAACAGUAAAUCAAGUAAACCAUGUGUAGCUUCUAUUCUGUUUAGAUUCUUAUACAGUUUCAGCUUCAAGCCACAUUCUGGACAUUUUUAGUCCUAGAACAAAUAAAAACUAUUAAAUAUGUUAGCUUCAUUGUUAAUUAAAUAUAUAAACAUUUGACUUAAAAUUAAACACAUAGAUUUAAAUUGAUAUUUUAGUGAACGCACUGAAGUUAAUUAGCUACAGCUGUGUAUAAUGCAGGGCGAUCCAUGCAAUUUUGUCAUUGCCCUUUGUCCUGACCUCCAACUUUUGUCAAGUCCUUUCAUGGGCAGAGACAACAAGAAUGCCAGGUUUUGUAAAAUUUACAUCAUCUGUAUGAUACUAUUAAAACUACCAAAUUCAUGUCACACAUAACCAGUAACAGAUGGGAAUAUGAGACUCCAGGAACAUUGUAUUACUACAAAAGAUUAAUGCAUGAACUCAGUGUGACACUUGCCCAGCACUGCCUGUCACACUCUAUCUUGUAUUUUAGAAUACUCAAUUCUUUUCUGUUCAACUCUUCACUACUGUGGUGCCUGGAAUUUUUCAUUGCAACAUUUUCUUAUUUCUGCAUACCUAUAUUAAUAUGUGACAAAGUGGUACUUGCAUUUCAGUGCUGUCAGUGAAUGUUUUGAUUAAAACCAAUUUAAAAUGUUUGUGUUUGACACAAAAUAAGAAGUGAUAUUCAUCCCCUGUGUGUGCUACAAGAAAUGCAAAUUUGAUUUGUGGUGUGAAUAACCGUUAAAGAUGCAUCUUAUUGUGCUCCAUUUAUAUGAAUGAGUAUUUUCUUAAAUCCAAGAUCCAUGCAUGCUCAUACAGCGAAGUGCACAAUAUUGUUCCUUUUUUCCCCCCUUGGGAAGAACGAUUAAGUGCCAAUGACAACUUUUAUGUGCUACCCUUUUAAACCAAACAAGUGUACAAAGGUAUUUUUAAAAGAUUAGA